AUGUCUGCUGCACAGAUUAUCGUGGACUGCCGUGGGCAUUUGCUGGGUCGCCUGGCAUCCGUGUUGGCGAAGGAGCUGCUGAACGGCCAGAAGGUUGUGUGCGUCCGCUCGGAAGACAUCAACAUCUCGGGCUCCCUGUACCGCAACAAGCUGAAGUAUGCGGCCUUCAAGAGGAAGCACAUGAACUCCAACCCGCGACAGGGACCUUUCCACUUCCGAGCACCCUCCAAGAUCCUUUGGCGCACCAUCCGCGGCAUGGUGCCCCACAAGACCGCUCGCGGAGCAGCCGCGCUGGACAGGCUGAAGACCUUCGAGGGCAUCCCGCACCCCUAUGACCGCAAGAAGCGAAUGGUCGUCCCCAGCUGCCUGAAGGUCCUCCGCCUGCGCCCGGAGCGCCGCUUCUGCCGCCUCGGGGACCUCUCCAAGGAGGUGGGCUGGAAGCACGGAGCACUGAUCGAGCGCCUCGAGUCGCAGCGAAAGGUCAAGAGCGAAGCCUUCCACAAGAAGAAGACGGCCACCCUCAGGGCCAAGAACGAGGCCAAGAAGGCAGUGAAGCUCUCUGCCGAUGAGAUGAAGGCGCUCGAGGAUGCAGGCUAUGCAUGA